CUUUACCUUUACAAUUACUUUAGUAAAUUUAGAACAAUUUUUUUAUAUUUUAAGAGUCAAUAUAUAGAUCAUACGGUGAUGCUGGAAGGCCACUAUUUCUUUGUCGCCCUUUCGCUCCGCUGCGAUGUAGAACAGUUGCCCCACCUCGAGGGGGGACAAGGGUUCGAUCCCUGGACUGUGCCAGUAGCUUGGUUUUAUAGCCUUGUUGAGCAGAUAAUGACUGGUCGACAGUGAGCAGCAAUGACGAAAAUUCUUAAGAGAUCGACGGUUAAAGGCCUACUGGUCAAGUUUCUCAAGAAUCUCAAGAAUUGCUGUACGACUCUGUGGUUUUCACCAUGGAUCUCUAUUAAAUUUCGUACGAAAGUCAUGACCGGUCUUGACAGCUACCAGUGGGGCAACGAUGAUAUAAAAUUGUCCAAACAAUUGAUGGCUCUGAAAGCUCUGAAAGGUAUAAUUGAAUAAUUAUUACGAAGUAUGGAGUAUGGAGUUUGUACCCCAACAUGGAUGUAAUCAAAGUGGAACCAGGUUUUGACAGUGAGACCAGCGUAGCAUCAUUACUGCCUUAUGGUCAACACAUUGGUGUAAACCUGGCAGCUGAAAAUGUGCUGGUAGCACUUCCUACAUUGAAGAAGGAAGUUAAGACAGAGGCACGGGAUGUUGCUGCAGUGAAAGAAGAGUCGCUGAGUGAAGUAACAGUAGAGGAGCAUGAAGUAUGUUUGGGAAGCAUGGAGCACACUGUCGAAGAAGAUGAUUAUAUGGACAGAGGCACUGAAUUUGAUGUGUGUCUUGAAAAUAAAAAUAAAAAAAUCAGUGAUGGUGGUAGUUAUAUUGAGAAGAAUGUAUAUACAUUGAUUCAUGUUGCUACCAGCAAUAGACGUAAAAAAGUAAAUGUGAAACAUUUCAAGUGUGAAGUAUGCAACAGUCUAUUUUCAAAGAGAAAACUUCUUAUAAGGCAUUUUCGAACACAUACUGGUGAGAAACCAUUCAGGUGUAAAGUAUGUAACAAAGGCUUUCCUCAGAGUGGAGAUCUCACCAGACAUGUACGCAUUCAUUCAGGAGAAAAACCAUUCCAGUGUGAUGUCUGUAACAAAGGAUUCUCACAGAGCGGCAAUCUCGCAACACACAUAAGGACUCAUACUGAGGAAGAGAAAGGAUACAGGUGUAUAGUGUGUAAUGUUGUGUUCAUACAGAACGGACAACUCGCAAGGCACAUGACUUCCCAUACUGGAGAGGAUCCCUACAAAUGUGACAUCUGUAGCAAAGUCUUCACCCGAUUUAAGUAUUUAACUAUACAUAGACAAACACAUUCAGGUGAGAAACCAUAUAAAUGCAGACAGUGUGAGAAAACUUUCUCAAGAUGCUGUGAUUUCUCAAGACAUAUGCGUGUUCACAGGAAGGACAAGUUUUAUAUAUGCAAUGUGUGCAAUAAGCAGUUUACGCGCAGUGGGAAUCUUGAAGUGCAUAAACGCAUUCACACAGGAGAAAGGCCUUUCAAAUGCGAACUGUGCAAUAAAGGAUUUUCACAGCGUGGAAAUCUUGCUACACACAUGCGAACACAUUUGUGAAACAUAUCCACUCAUGUUGAUGCUGUAUUUAUUUAUUUAUUGGCUUAUUUAUUUAUUGUUUAUUAUUCAACAAAUGUCACUGAUUCACAGUCUUACAUGCAAUGCGUCCUUCUAAAACUUAUUUAAAAGUUUCAUAUAUCACAAAUUGGGGUGUACGCAGUAGCGUAGUUGGUUGAGGCACUAUGCUACAAACUGGAAGGUCACAGGUUCAAGUCCCAAUGAGGUG